AUGAAGAGACAAAGGAGAGAUCCAAGGCCGAGAGUGGUUAUCACAGACCCUGUUCAAAAUAGAACUACACCGAUUGAGCCUAGUCAUGUGGCUCAAAACAUUGAAAGCACAUUCACUAAGUCCUCUCUAGUGAUACAAUAUAUUUCAAGCUUGUUACCUGAGUCCACCCAUAUGGAUCAGGAUUUUCAAAGCCCUAUUGUUGAAGAAGUCCUACCUUCAGAAGGAGCUCAAGCUUCUAGAAGCUCCUUUGAAACCGUCGAGCUGGACAUUUCCAAAGACAAGAGAAAGUUGUCUGAUUCUGAGUUAGUUCAUGUGGUUCUGCUUCAGAACAAUGUUUUUAAUCUUGAACAAAGUUCUACCAAAAAAAAUUUGAUUAUUGGAAAGCAGGACAUUUGA